UUAUGAGGGCUGUGUCCGAACAUUGCAUUGUGAUACUUUUCCGGCCAGACUCUGACUAAGCUUGGUACCUGGUGGGGCUCUAGGCCUCUAGGCCCGCUAGUUGGGUGGAAAAGGAGAAGACCCGUCCCUGGGAUCCCUACCCAAGUCCUCAGGAAAGCCCCCGAUAUGAAGAAGGAGCAGAGCCUGGAAGGGCUGAUGCCUCUGCAGCGAUCCCUGACCCUCCUUGGACCAGAUGGGCGCAGGAGACUCAAUUCAGAACCGUGAGAAGAAAGCCAGCAGGAGGUAACCAUGGAGGACCCAGCGUUGGCUCUUCCCCAAGACAGGAGUAUGGAGAAUGAGGAGGGAAUGACUUUUGGGUUCCUGGCAGCAAAGAUUCAGGAAUCGGUGACGUUCAAAGAUGUGGCUGUGGACUUCACUUGGGAGGAGUGGAGACAUCUGGAUCCUGCCCAGAGGGACUUAUACAGGAAGGUGAUGUUGGAGAACUGCGAGAACCUGGUCUCUGUGGGAAUUCCUGUCUCCACGAUGGACAUGAUAUCCUUGUUGGAGAAGCGAGAUGUGCCAUGGAUGCCAGAGGGAGAAAUCUUCAGUGGCACCUGUCCUGAUUCCCUUAGUGAGAAGACCAAGUUUGAACCCAGAGAUUCAAAUCCAAGGCAGGCCUUUUGCAUGGGAAUAUCAUCUAAGAUAAGACUGUGCAAGCAUACAGUAGCCUGGCAUUCCAACAUGAGAGAAGCAGGUGAAUGUGAGGCAGACAUUGAGGAGCCAAAGCACAACCAGGAGAGACAAUGGAGACAAGGAAUGGUCACUCGCAGAAUAACUUGUAAUCAAGUGCUAGAACCUCAACGCAAUGCUAGAAGUAUUAUUCUAGUGUCAGACUUGGUUCCAACAUCAAAAGGAAUAGUGGGAGAAAAUCUCUAUAAGUCCCUUGGGAAGAGCUGCAGCAAUGAUUUUCCUUAUUUAAUUACAUAUGAUGCGUUCUCCUUCCAAAAGGAACUUUUUAAGUCUACCAAAUGCAAGAAGCCCUUUAGAUACCAUUCAGACUUAAUUAGAUUUCACAGAAUUCAUGCUGGAGAAAAGCGACAUGAAUGGAAUGAAUGUGGAAAGCCCUCUGGCAGAAGAUCAGACAUUAUUGGACAUCAGAGGAUUCAUAGUGGAGAGAAAAACAAUAGUUAUUAUAAAGAUGAGAAAGGUUUCAGCCAUAGGGGAAGCUUGAAUAAACAUAAUGUAGUUUAUACUAGAGAGAAUUCCUUUGCAUAUAGUGAAUGUGGGAAAGCCUUCAGUGAGAAGGAAAUCCUUACUUCACCUCUGAGAAUUCACACUGGAGAGAAAAUCUCUGAAUCUAAUGAAUUUGAGAAAACUUUCAGCCAGAGGGGAAAAUGUAUUAGCCAUCAGAGAACUCAUACUAGAGGGAAAUCAUUUGUGUAUGAUGAAUGUGGCAUGAGCAGAAAAGAACAGCUUAUUGUGCAUCAAAGAAUUCAUAAUGAAGAGAAACCCUUUGCAUGUAAUAAAUGUGGAACUGGCUUCCAAAACAGAGUAAGCCUUAUUACUCAUCAGAAAACUCAUUCUGGAGAGACACCCUUUGCAUGUAAUGAAUACAGGAAAGACUUCAAAAAGAGUGGGCAUCUUAGUACACAGCAGGGAAUUCACGUUGAAAAGAAACCCUUUGCAUGUUUUGAGUGUGGGAAAUGUUUCAGACAGAGUGCAUAUCUUAUUAUCCAUCAGAGAACUCAUACUGGAGAGAAACCCUUUACAUGUAGUGAAUGUGGGAAAACCUUUACCCAAAAGGCAAGCCUUAUUACUCAUCAGAGGACUCAUACUGGAGAGAGACCCUUUAUAUGCAAUGAGUGUGGGAAAACUUUUACACAAAGGGCAAACCUUAUUACCCAUCACAGGACUCAUACUGGAGAGAAACCCUUUGCAUGCAAUGAAUGUGAGAAGACCUUUACCCAGAAGUCAAGCCUUAUUACUCAUUACAGGACUCAUACUAGAGAGAAACUCUUUGAAUGUAAUGAAUGUGGGAUUGCCUUUACCCAGAAAGCAAGCCUUAUUGCUCAUAGAGGAAUUCAUUCCAGAGAGAAACAGUUCGCUCCCAAUAAAUGUGGGAAAGGCCCUCAGAAGAAAAGACUUAUUAUCCACCAGGGAACUCAUGCUGGAGAGAAACCCUUUCAAUGUAAUGAAUGUGGAAUAGGCUUCCGAUACAAAGUCAACCUUAAUAUCCAUCAGAGAACUCAUACUGGAGAGAAACCCUUUGCAUGUCAUGAAUGUGGAAAAGGCUUCAGACAGAGUGCACAUCUUAUGACCCAUCAGAGAACUCAUACUGGAGAGAAACCUUUUGCAUGUAAUGAAUGUGGGAAGACCUUUACCCAAAGGUCAAACCUUAAUAGCCAUCAGAGAACUCAUACUCAAGAGAAACUCUUUGCAUGUAAUGAAUGUGGGAAAACAUUUACUCAAAAGGGAAGCCUUGUUUCUCAUCAGAGGACUCAUACUAGAGAGAAACAGUUCAUAUGUAAUGAAUGUGGAACAGGCUUCCUACACAGAGUAAGCUUUAUUGUUCAUAAGAGAAUUCAUACUGGAGAGAAACCAUAUAUAUGUAAUGAAUGUGGGAAAGGCUUCAGACAGAGUGGACACCUCAUGAUCCAUCAGAGGACUCAUACUGGAGAGAGACCCUUUAUGUGUAAUGAAUGUGGAAAAACCUUUACCCAAAGAUCAAACCUUACUAGCCAUCAGAGAACUCAUACUGGAGAGAAACUGUUUGCAUGUAAUGAAUGUGGGAAGUCAUUUACACAAAAGGGAAGCCUUAUUACUCACCAGAGAACUCAUACUGGAGAGAAACAAUUUGUAUGUAAUGACUGUGGAACAAGUUUCCUUCAUAGAGUGACCCUUAUUAUCCAUAAGAGAACUCAUACAGGAGAGAAACCAUAUGCAUGUAAUGAAUGUGGGAAAGGCUUCAGACAAAGUGGACAUCUCAUUACCCAUCAAAGAACUCAUACUGGAGAGAAACCCUUUGUAUGUAAUGAAUGUGGGAAAACCUUUACACAAAGGGCAAACCUUACCAGUCAUCAGAGAAAUCAUACUGGAAAUAAACUCUUUACAUGUAAUCAGUGUGGGAAAGCUUUUACCCAAAAGGCAAGCCUUAGUUCCCAUCAGAAAACUCAUGCUAGAGAGACACCCUUUGUGCAUAAUGAAUUUGAGAGAUCUUUUACUCGUAGGACAAACCUUAUUAGCUGUCAUAGAACAUUUACAGAAUAAAGUCCUUUAUGUGUAAUUGAUGCAGAAAAGACUUCUGCCAGAGAAGAUAUCAUAUUAUGUAAUAGACAAUUCUGGAGAGAAACUUUAUGUAACAAAUGUGGGAAUGCCUUCAGUGGGAGGGGAAGCCUUCUUGUGUAUUAGAGAACUUAUACUGGGGUAAAACAUUUAAGUGUAAUAAAUAAGAGUUGCACCACA